AUGAAAGCAGCAAAGAAGAAUGCCGAGCGGGACGGCUCGAUCGCUUCAGCGGAGCUUGUUUGCGGUGCGGCAAGGUGGCCGCCGCCCACCGACCAGCAAAGCAAUGGAGGUGCGAGGGUCGCAAAGAAGAACGAUCGCGCUCCGUCGAGGCGGAGCGACGCGGCGCGGCAGGAGGACUACGGCACCCGGCGGCGCGUCCGGAUGCGUGAGCGGCGGGCGGCUGCGGCUCAAGCUGCCAUGAAGCGGACGCCGAAGCGGCUCGCUGCCCGACGCGGUGGCUCGGGCGACGCGCGAACGCCGAAUGUGCACAGCAUGCACCUCAAAGGAGCAUCAGAUACACAGCAGUUUAAGUCAUUGUCCAAAAUGUGGAUAGAUGUUGCACACCUUGGCAAUAAAAUCCCUUCUGCAGCAUCCUUGAAAAAGAGCCUCUUUGAUCAGGUUUAUGUUAGCAUUUUGGUCCAGUCAAUGGGAUACUUGGAUGAGCAAUUUUGUCAGAUUGAGUACUUGCAGGAUGAAGCAAGCCCUAAUUUUACAGAAGAAGUUGUUUCCUUGUUCUUCAAGAACUCAACCAGGCUAAUGACAAAUAUUGAGCAAGUUAUGGAGAAGAACCCAAGAGAUUUCAGCAGAUGGGAUGUAAACAUGCAGCAAUUAAAAGGAAGCUGUUCUAGCAUUGGUGCUUCUAGGAUGAAGAACGAGUCCAUCUCAUUCAGGAAUAGCUGUGGAGACGAGAAUGCUGAAGGUUGUAUGAGGUCCUUCCAGAACUUGAAGAGGGAGCAUGGAGUCCUUAGACAGAAGCUGGAAUCCUACUUCCAGGUGAUCUUUCUCGACCAACCAGCACGCCCAGCUUCAUCUGUCGAGAACCAUACCAUUCAUCACCUUGCUAUUCUCGCCUGCGUGCAGUUGCUGCGACAAGCCGGCCCUGCUGUGACUGCAGCCAGGCCUAGAGGCAUGUAA